AUCCAUCGAUAGAUUUCGAUGAUAACUGAAUCGAUGCAGUAGUGUAGAAGCAGCAGUACAAGUCUGCAUCAUCAGAUUCAGAUGAAUGCCAUCACAUUAUGAGAUGCUGUUAAUUACGUACACAAGCAGCAGAACAGAAUCAUGUUCUGUCAGAACAGAAUUGGAACCGGCGCAGCUGCGACUUUGCCAGAAAUAGCUAGUGGGGACGACACCUCACGACGACGAACGGGGAAGCUUGCAAUCUCCUGAGACAGGCAGGCGCAGGCCCGCCAUGCAUGCAUCACCCGAGCAGCUUUGCAAUCGUCAGCCACCCUUCUUCUUCUUCCUCCCUCCUCCCCCCGCCUUCUCUCCGCCCUCCUCCUCAAUCUCCUGGUCGAGGCCGCCGUACGUCUCCGAGGCCGGUGGUGGUAGCAGCAGGGAGGCGCUCGGCCCGUCCGUAGCCGCCGCGGCCGCCGCCGCAAGAUCGACGACAGCGCGCGAGGACGUACGCCACCACAGACUAAUCCCACAUGUCCUCCACGCCCGGGGCCGCCGCCGCCGCCGCGGCGGCGGCGGCGGCGGACGGCGGCGGCGAGGGCGGCGCAGCGCUGUCGGCGUCGGCGUCGCGCACGUCGUCGCUGCGCCACCGCGCGAUGAGCGCGUCGUCGAAGCUUCUCCGGAGCUCGCUGAGCCGCAAGUCGAUGGGCCGUCGCAGCAGCAAGGUGAUGUCGGUGUCGAUCGAGGACGUCCGCGACGCGGAGGAGAUGAAGCAGGUGGACGCGUUCCGGCAGACGCUGGUGCUGGAGGAGCUCCUCCCCGCCCGGCACGACGACUACCACAUGAUGCUCCGGUUCCUGAAAGCGCGCAAGUUCGACAUCGACAAGUCGAAGCAGAUGUGGUCGGACAUGCUGCAGUGGCGCAAGGAGUUUGGCGCCGACACCAUCAUCGACGACUUCGUGUUCGAGGAGAUGGACCAGGUGCUGGAGCACUACCCGCAGGGCCACCAUGGCGUGGACAAGGACGGCCGGCCGGUGUACAUGGAGAAGCUCGGGCAGAUCGACACCACCAAGCUGCUGCAGGUCACCAGCAUGGACCGCUACGUGCAGUACCACGUGAGGGAGUUCGAGCGCGCCUUCGCCGUCAAGUUCCCGGCGUGCUCCAUCGCCGCCAAGAAGCACGUCGACCAGAGCACCACUAUCCUCGACGUCUCCGGCGUGGGGUACAAGAACUUCAACAAGGCUGCGAGGGACCUCAUCGGCCGACUCCAGAAGAUCGAUGGAGACAACUACCCUGAGACGCUGUGCCGGAUGUUCAUCAUCAACGCAGGGCAGGGGUUCAGGCUGCUGUGGAACACCGUCAAGUCGUUCCUCGACCCCAAGACCACAGCCAAGAUCCAUGUCCUUGGCAAUAAGUACCAGAGCAAGCUCCUGGAAGUGAUUGAUGCCAGCGAACUGCCUGAGUUCCUUGGCGGCACUUGCAACUGCGAAGGCGGCUGUAUGCGCUCUGACAAAGGGCCAUGGAAGGACCCUGAAAUCUUCAAGAUGGUCCAAUGCGGCAUGGGGAGAUGCGGGAUGAACAGCGCAGACCCUCACGACGCCGACGAGAAGCUCAUCACCGAGGACGCAACAGUGCCCGUUCCCAAGAAGCAGGACUCGAUGCGCCGCAACGCCGGGGAUUCUCCCAAGGUGGCGCGCGACAAGAUUGAGCACCCGCAGAUGUCCCCCCUCCACGAGAUGAAAACUGCCAACGACCCGGCACCUCCUGCCAAGGACAAUUUCGACGGCGGCGGCCUGUUCCCCGGCGGCAUGGACAAGGGCGGCAUGGACUUCAACUGGAGCGGCGAGGUGAGCGAGGAGAAGCUGCAGAUCGCGCGGGACAUGUACGCGCAGCUACCGGACGCGUACAAGCAAGGGGACGCCGGGGACCGGCAGGUGGUGUCGGGGUUCAUGGCGCUGGUGAUGGGGGUGGUGGCCAUGUUCCGCGUGGGCAAGAUCGCGCCGAAGCGCGCCAUGGACGCGGCCAUGGGCAUCGCCACCAUGGAAGCCAUGGCGAAGAAGACGCGGCAGAUGCAGAUGCAGCAGCAGAUGCAGCUGGGCGGGCCCGACGCCGUGGUGGUGUCGGCGGCGCAGUACCAGGCGCUGGUCAAGCGCCUGGACGACCUGGAAGGGAAGGUGGCGGCGCUGGCGGCGAAGCCACCGGAGGUGCCGCCUGAGCUGGAGGAGUCGCUCAAGGCCGCCGCCGCCCGCGUCGAGGCGCUCGAGACGGAGCUCGACGCCACCAAGAAGCUACUGGAGACGUCGAACGGGCAGCAGGAGGAGGUCCUGGCGUACAUCGAGAAGAAGAAGAAGAAGCGAGGCAUGUUUUGCCUCCAACAGCAGAACCCGUUCCGCUGGUGAUGAACAGGGGAGGAAGAAGGCAAGGGAAGGGGGCGAUGGCGUCAACAGCAGAACCCGUUCCAGUGACCAGGCCCCUCCUGGGCAGUGGAUUGGAGCCCAGUAUACAUCCGUGUUCGUGUCCGUGUGACUUUGUGUGUAUGUGUGUGUUCCCCUCGUACACUUAUAUACGGAGUAUAUAAUACAAGAAAUAGAAUGGAUACACUCUCUCCUUGCCAAAA